UCACUGAACCAUCGAGCUUCCAUCAGUACAACAUCGAACCCGACUCAAAUUCAAGAUGACUUUCUCGUAUCUGGUCUGUUUGGCUCUUAUUGUUUCUGCAAAUGCAGCCGCUUACGGAAAGCGUCCAUCUCCAAAUAUGGGUAAUUCGAUGGAACCAAUGAUGGACAUGGGAAUCGCAGGAAACGAAAUGAACACCGCAAUUGCCAUGAACGUCGGUAAUAACAUGAACGCCGCAAAUGCCAUGAAUGCCGCAAAUGCUAUGAACGCUGGGAAUAACAUGAACGCCGUUAAUGCCAUGAACGCCGGCAUUAACAUGAACGCCGCUAAUGCCAUGAACGCCGUCAAUGCCAUGAACGCCGUAAAUGCCAUGAACGCCGGUAAUAACAUGAACACCGGAAAUAACAUGAACAUGCCAAUGAACGAUGUAUAUCCUAUUUUUAACGGCAACAAUGGUAUGAACAAUGCAAUGAACACUGGUAAUGCAAUGAACGCCGUUAAUGUCAUGAACACAGGUAACAACAUGAACGCCGCUAAUGCCAUGAACGCCGGUAAUAACAUGAACGCCGCUAAUGCAAUGAACGCCGUCAAUAUGAUGAACGCAGUUAAUGCCAUGAACGCCGGUAAUAACAUGAACGCUGCAAAUGCCAUGAACGCCGGUAAUAACAUGAACGCCGUCAAUAUGAUGAACGCAGUUAAUGCCAUGAACGCCGGUAAUAACAUGAACGCUGCAAAUGCCAUGAACGCCGGUAAUAACAUGAACACCGGAAAUAACAUGAACAUGCCAAUGAACGAUGUUUAUCCUACUACGAACGCAAAUAAUGGUAUGAACAAUGCAAUGAACUCUGGAAAUGCCAUUAACACCGGUAAUAACAUGAACGCCGCUAAUGCAAUGAAUGCCGUCAAUGUCAUGAACGCCGUUAAUGCCAUGAACGCCGGUAAUAACAUGAAUGCCGCAAAUGCCAUGAACACCGGUAAUAACAUGAACACUGCUAAUAUGAUUAACAUGCCAAUGAACGAUGUUUAUCCUGCUGUAAACGGCAACAAUGGUAUGAACAAUGCAAUGAACGCUGGUAAUGCAAUGAAUGCAGCAAUGAACGCAGUUCAUGCCAUGAACGCUGCCAAUGUCAUGAACACCGGUAAUAACAUGAACGUCGCUAAUGCCAUGAACGCAGGUAAUAACAUGAACACUGCUAAUGUGAUGAACAUGCCAAUGAACGAUGUUUAUCCUGCUGUAAACGGCAACAAUGGUAUGAACAAUGCAAUGAACACCGGAAAUGUCAAUAACGCCGGAAAUAACAUGAACGCCGCUAAUGCUAUGAACAUGCCAAUGAAUGCUGCCAAUAAUGUAAAUGUUUUAAUGAACGCCGUCAAUGCAAUGAACAACGGUAAUGGUAUGAACAUGCCAAUGAACGUCCCAAUGAACAACGCUAAUGCAAUGGACAUGAUGGUCAUGGAAAUGGUCAAUGGAAUAAACAUGAACUCCAAUAACAUGGUAAACAAUGCCAAUGCUAUGGGAAAUAACAAGGGAACUGAAAUGGUUCCAAUUAAUAUGCCAAUUGAUUUGCCCUAUCCCGAACCAGAGGUGAUGGUGCCCAACAACAACAACAACAACAACAACAACGAAGCAAUUAACGCCCCAAUAAAUAUGGCUAAUAAUAUGCCAAACAACGGUAACAACAUGAAUGUUGCUAAUGCCAUGAACAUGAUGAACGCUGAUCCCAUGAACAACAACGCCAACAACGCUAACGCCAUGAACAUGGCUAAUGUUAUGGAGAUGAUGAACGCUGUUCCCAUCAACAACAAAGCCAACAACGCUAACGCUAUGAACAUGGCUAAUGUUAUGGAGAUGAUGAACGCUGCCCCCACGAACAAUAACGCCAACAAUGCUAACGCCAUGAACAUGGCUAAUGUUAUGGAGAUGAUGAACGCUGCACCCAUGAACAACAACGCCAACAACGCUAACGCCAUGAACAUGGCUAAUGUGAUGAACAUGAUGAACGCUGCCCCUAUGAACAGCAAUGCCAACAACGCUAACACCAUGAACAAGGGCAAUAAUGUCAUGAUGCCCAAAAAAUAUUAAAACGGUUACCUAAAACAGAUCAGGAAACGAUUUUGUACCAGACAGAAGGUGUUUAUUUUCUUCCUUCGUUUUCCAUGUGGAGCUGUGUGAAAAUCGUCAACGAUUCAGGACCUGUAACAUAGAAAUGAAAAUAAAAUUCAAAUCAUUA